AUGACGCAGGACGUAGGGGCGGAGCCGAAGGUGGCACCCACUGGGGGCCAAGACCGCCCCCGAAACCGUUCCCACCGGAAGACGCGAGACGGAAACGGCCUCAUCAUCACCACCAUCGCCUGUGACCACCACCUCCACACCCCCAUGUACUUCUUCCUCCUCAACCUCUCCCUCCUCGACCUGGGAUCUAUCUCCACUACUCUGCCCAAAGCCAUGGCCAGUUCACUCUGGGAUAACACGGACAUCUCCUACAAGGGAUGUUCUGCAGAGCAUCUACUGGACUUGGUGGUGGCAGUUCUGUAUUGGGUGGUUCCUCCAGUGGUGAAUGCCCUCAUCUAUAGCUCGAGGAACCAGGAGCUCAAGGGUUCUCUGAGGAAGCUGAUGACUGAUAUAGACUGCCUGACUUCAUCUGCAAUUGGCUGCAGGUGUAUGCCAUGA